AUGCUCGGAUUCCUGGCUGGUAAAGCCAGCUCGAUCGUACAGAACCCGGCCAUAGACUAUAAGAAGUUCGCUCUCGGUGCGAGCUGGGCCAUCUUUGGUCUGGAAAGCUACAUCUUAACCCGUCAACUCCCUUGUUACUCGAUCCCCGCCCCGCCCGCCGCGCUCGCCGACCAUAUUCCCGAAGACACUUACAAGAAAUCUCAAGCUUACGGCCGAGACAAGACCCGAUGGGCUCUUUUCAAACAGGUCUACAAUCAGACCCUUAACGCUUUGUAUAUCGGAGGAGGAGCUUAUAAAUGGGUCUGGACGCUGACUGGCGGGUGGAUGGCCAAGAUGGGUUUCGGCGGUGACCGGGUCAUCACCCACUCUUUGCUUUACGCCGGAUUCUUCACGAUCGUCAGCUCCAUACCUAGUCUACCCCUUUCAGCAUUCGCGACCUUCGGUAUCGAGGAGAAACACGGCUUCAACAAGUCCACCUGGGGUCUAUGGAUCACCGACCAGCUCAAGAGCUACGCCAUCGGUGCGGUCAUCGGUCUGCCCGUCCUCGCUGCUUUCUUGAAAAUCGUCGAUUAUGCUGGAGACUGGUUCAUCCCCGCUCUCAUGAUCUUCUUCCUAUCUUUCACCUUUAUCAUGCAACUCGUCUACCCCAUCUUCAUCCAACCCUUGUUCAAUAAGCUCACCCCCCUGCCCGAAGGUGAGCUGAGGGAGCGGAUCGAGAAACUCGCCGGAUCGCUCGGGUUCCCUUUGAAGCAUUUGUAUGUGAUCGACGGGAGCAAGCGGAGCGGACAUUCGAAUGCCUAUUUCUACGGAUUGCCUUGGUCAAAGCACAUCGUCAUCUUCGAUACCUUGAUUGAGCAAUCCAAGCCUGAAGAGGUCGAGGCCGUUAUCGCCCACGAACUCGGACACUGGAAACACGCUCACCCUUCCAAGCUCAUGGUCGUCGGACAGAUCAACCUCUUGAUCACCCUCUCCGCGUUCACCCUCUUUAUCCACAACCCUGCCAUCUUCCGCUCUUUCGGAUUCAGCGAGGAUGUGGCCGUUCGACAACAACCGGUCAUCAUCGGCUUCUUCCUUUACCAAUUGAUCAUGAACCCGCUCGACCCCCUCAUCAGCCUUUUGAUGAACUCGGUUACCCGGCGGUAUGAGUAUGAAGCCGACCGCUUUGCUUGCGCCUUGGACCCCCGAUACAAGGCUCUCCUCUCUUCGUCCCUCAUCAAGCUGAUGAACGAAAACUUGUCGAGCCCUCACCAAGACUGGCUGUACUCGACUUACCACAACUCACAUCCUAGUCUCCUGGAGAGGCUCAAGGCGAUGGACGACUACCAGCCUUCGGAGAAGCUGGUCGUCAAGGAUGAGAUCAAGCGGGAGAAGGACCUGUAG